GAAGAUUUUAGGUUAUGAAUAAAUUUAUUUAAAAUUUUAAAAUAUUAAUGUUUUAAAUUAAUUAUAAUAAUUUAGGAAUUUUAAAUAUAUUUUCUUUUGUGCAUUUUUAAUAACUUAUAAUGUGUUCUAUAGGUAUAAGGUUCUGCUUAAUUUCCCUGUUUCUAAUAUUCAUCAUUCAAUUAAAAGCACAAGAAACAGAUUACUAUAAACUACUUGGAGUAACUAGAGAUGCAACUGUUAAGGAAAUUAGAAAAGCCUUUAAAAAUUUGGCAGUUAAAUUGCAUCCAGAUAAAAAUAAAGAAGACAAAUCAGCAGAUGAAAAUUUUAUCAAACUAACACGAGCCUACGAAGUGCUUAAAGAUCCAGAAAGCCGGAAAAUGUACGAUAUUCACGGAGAGCAAGUCGACUCUAACAAAUUUAGAAAACAAUACCACAGCUAUACCUAUUAUAGAGACCAAUUUGGAAUAUACGAUGAUGAUCCAAUUAUUGUAACACUCAGCAAGAACGACUAUGAAGUAAAUAUUUUGGACACCAAUCAAGCUUGGUUCGUGAAUUUCUAUUCGCCCAAUUGCCAUCACUGCCACGAACUGGCUCCCAUUUGGCGAAAAUUGGCUCAAGAAUUAGAAGGUGUAAUUAGAAUCGGUGCUGUUAACUGCGAAGAAGAUUUCCGUCUGUGCCAUCAACUGCAAAUAGAAGCUUAUCCCACGUUGCUAUAUUACGAAAAAGAGUUCCAUUUGUAUGAGGGUAUAAAAUACACAGGCGAUAGAACUGUGGAAGCUUUAGAAGAAUUUGUACUAGCUAGCCUUAAAGUUAAUAUCAUAGAAGUGACUUCUUUUAAUUGGGAAAUUGUACAAUCCGAGAGUGAUAAAUGGUUGCUGUUUUUAUGUAGUGAUGAUAGUGUAAAUUGCCCGGAAGAAAAAACUAUAUUGAAGCUUGGUGCAUCUUUGGAAGGGUUAUUGUCAGUUGGAAAAGUAACUGAUAAGUCUCUCUGUGAAAAAUUAUCUGAUAACAAGGAACAAUCGAUUAUUUUGCUACAAGGAACGAAAUCAACGUCGAGUUCUCCUAUCUCGAUGAGCACAAUUAGUGGUUCUGAUGCCAAAGAAAUUUUAGAAAAUAUUUUAGCUAAUUUACCAAACCCUAUAGAAAUCAACGAAGAAAAAUUCAAGAUGAUCAGAUCGGAAUUGAAAAACGAAUCGGAGAAACCUUGGCUGCUUUGUUUCUAUUUAGGCACUGCAACAGAACUAAAUCUGCAGCUAAAAAGGCUACCUGCGAUCAUCACAGAUAUAAAUAUUGGUCUGGUCCACUGUGGUAAAAAUUCAAUGUUGUGUUCGAGUUUACACGUAGCAAGAUAUCCAACAUGGGGAGUAUUAAAAGUCGGUGGGGCAUUUGAAGUACAUCACGGCAGAGAUAUCUUAUACGAAAUAGCGAAUUUUGCCAAAGACAGCACAAAAUCUACGAAUUUACACGCUUUAUCUCCUGCUGAUUUCCACAACAUACUCAGAGAAGGUACCCCGUGGUUUGUCGAUUGGUACGCCCCUUGGUGUCCACCUUGCCGGAAGCUUUUACCGGAGUUGAGGAAAGCUAGCCAGAAUUUCGAUCCGGUGAAAUUGCAAUUCGGCACAAUCGAUUGCACGUUGCACCGGGAACUUUGCAGAGCGCAAGGCGUCAAUUCCUAUCCGACUACAAUUUUAUACAACAAUUCCAACACGCAUAUAUUCCACGGCAUGCCUGAAGCUAAUAGCAUUACGGAUUAUUUGUACGAUCUGUUGAAUCCCAUUGUUAUAACUUUGGACGAUAGCAAUUUUGUGCAACUAAUGAGGAAGCCGAAAAAUGAAAUUUGGGUAGUGGAUUUCUUUGCUCCGUGGUGUGGACCUUGUCAGAAACUGGCCCCGCAAUGGAGACAGCUGGCUAAGCAGGUAUCUCAAUUAACUGAAGUCAAAAUUGCACAAGUAGAUUGCGUUAGCAACUCUGCUUUAUGCGAUGCUCAAAAUGUCAGAAGCUAUCCCACUAUUCGACUAUAUCCUUUGGGUAGUAAAGGAUUAAGCAGUAUUGCAAUUUACAAUGGAAAUCGGGAUGCAAUUUCUUUGAAACGUUGGAUCGUUAGUUUCUUGCCUAAUACAAUCGAGCAUUUCUCAGCCGACGAAUUUGAAAAGCAGGUUCUAACGAAAAAGUACGUUUUACCGUGGAUUGUUGAUUUCUAUGCGCCUUGGUGCGGACACUGCAUUCACUUUGAACCUGAUUUUAUAACAGUAGCUCAAAAGCUGGAAGGAAAAGUUAGAAGCGGUAAAGUCGACUGUGAGCAGAACAGAAUAUUUUGCGGGCGUUUAGGAAUAACGGCUUAUCCUACAGUAAGACUUUACGUGGCUCCUAAGAAAUUUUACACUAUAGAUGUGGAAGAACCCUCGCGUAUAAUCAGUGGAGUAAAGGAAAUUUUGAAACAAAUAAAGCAUAGUCAAGAACACGAUGAGCUAUAAAACGAAUUUAGCUACCUAAAACUCAUAUUUUUUCGCUUUACUGACCUAGUUUAAGUUGCCAAUGAAAACGUAAGAUUUGUAGGUUUUAAUCUUAAUGUUUUGUGGUAAGUGUUCCUUCUACUACCAGUGCCAUUACUAGUAUUAAAUACCAGUGUUGAUACAUAUUUUGCAAUAGUUCAAUUAUAUUUAAUGUUUACUUAAUUUGAACCAAACAUCUACGUUAGUGAUAAUUUUAGAUCUGAUUGUAUUUCUUACUCAAAUCGAAUAUUUUUAUAUAUUUACUUUAAUAUCUAAGUAUAGAUUUUUACGUUAUACUGUGAA